ACCCUAGUUCCGUCCCUUAAUAACUCAUUUCUCUUCCCACUCGACGCAGCUUCGCUUCCGCAACUCUCUUUGCUUCCUCUCUCUCCGCUCGAUUGUCGAUCUCCUUCAAAUGGCGUCGGAGAAGAAGCUGUCAAACCCAAUGAGGGACAUUAAGGUCCAGAAACUUGUUCUCAACAUCUCCGUUGGUGAGAGUGGUGAUCGCCUCACUCGUGCCUCCAAGGUUUUGGAACAGCUAAGCGGACAAACCCCUGUUUUCUCAAAGGCGAGGUACACAGUGAGGUCUUUUGGUAUCAGGCGUAACGAAAAGAUUGCCUGCUAUGUCACUGUGAGAGGUGACAAGGCAAUGCAGCUUCUUGAAAGUGGUUUGAAAGUUAAGGAGUAUGAGCUUCUUAGGAAGAACUUUAGUGACACUGGUUGCUUUGGUUUCGGUAUCCAAGAACACAUUGAUCUUGGUAUCAAGUAUGAUCCAUCUACCGGUAUCUAUGGAAUGGACUUCUAUGUAGUUCUUGAACGUCCAGGAUACCGUGUUGCUCGUCGCCGUAGAUGCAAGGCUCGUGUUGGUAUCCAACACAGAGUGACUAAGGAUGAUGCAAUGAAAUGGUUCCAAGUUAAGUAUGAAGGAGUUAUCCUCAACAAGUCUCAGAACAUCACUGGCUAAAUUGUACUUGAAUCUUCAUAGAUUUUUGUUGAUUCUAGCUUUUGUUUUUCAAGUUAUCAUCUUUACUUUUUCUGGAUAUUGAAGCCAGUGUGGUAGAAACUAAAUUUCCAAGUUGUAUGAGUUACUGUUUUUGUUUUUUUACAAUUAUCAAAACCUUGGACUUCAAUGUU